AUGCCUUCGGCGUCGGCCGAAGUGACAUCAUUGGGGUCCAUCCGCAUCAAUGGCGCCGACUGCGGCGUUGAGGCCCUCAUCCUCGGAGUCAUAACCUCGUUAGGGGGUUUCCUCUUCGGCUAUGAUACUGGUCAGAUAUCGGGCAUGCUGUUGUUUAGAGACUUCAAAAACCGCUUUGGCCAGGAGGAAACACCCGAGGGGAGGGACUUCAUCCCUAUUAUUGAAUCGCUGGUUGUAUCCCUGAUGAGCAUCGGUACGCUCUGUGGAGCCCUCACGGCAUCAUACACCGCGGACUGGUGGGGGCGUAGGAAGAGCCUCACCUUCGGCGUCGCCGUCUUCAUCAUUGGCUGCAUCAUCCAGAUGACAGCCAUGAACUCGUGGGUCCACAUAAUGAUGGGCCGUUUCGUCGCCGGCCUGGGCAUCGGUAACCUGUCCGUGGGCGUGCCCAUGUUCCAGUCCGAAUGUUCCCCCCGUGAGAUCCGUGGCGCCGUGGUGGCCUCGUACCAGCUCCUCAUCACGUUCGGUAUCCUCAUCGCCAACAUUGUGAACUUUGGCGUGCGCGAGAUCCAGGACUCGGCCGCGUCCUGGCGCGUCGUCGUGGGCCUGGGCAUCGCCUUUUCCCUACCGCUCGGCCUAGGCGUCUUGAUGGUGCCCGAGUCCCCACGAUGGCUAGCAGCGCGAUCAAGGUGGGACGACGCACGCGUGUCGAUGGCGCGCCUGCGGGGCAUGAAGGAUGACCCGCACCACGGACUUGUUGAGGACGACAUGCGCGAGAUGCGCGAGAUCCUGGAAAAAGAGCGGUCCGUUGGUGUCGGUACCUGGGGCGAAUGCUUCAUCCCGCGCAGCAACGGCGUGCCCAAGCAGGUCUACCGAACCAUCCUGGGCAUCUCUAUCCACUUCCUGCAGCAGUGGACCGGCGUCAACUACUUCUUCUACUACGGCGCGACCAUCUUCGAGUCGGCCGGCAUCGACGACCCCAUCCAGACCCAGCUGAUCCUGGGCGCCGUCAACGUGGCCAUGACCUUUGGCGGCCUAUACGUGGUCGAGCGCUUCGGCCGCCGCUGGCCGCUGAUCAUCGGCGGGCUCUGGCAGGCCGCGUGGAUGGCCGUUUUCGCGUCCAUGGGCACCGCGCUGGACCCGGUGAACAACAGCACCUCGGGCAUCGUCAUGAUCGUCUCCGCCGCCAUGUUCAUCGCCUCCUUCGCCAUGACCUGGGGCCCAAUCUGCUGGGUGGUCAUCGGCGAGACCUUCCCCCUACGGACGCGCGCGAAACAGGCGUCCAUCGCCACCGCGGGCAACUGGCUGGGCAACUUCAUGAUCUCCUUCCUCACCCCCCUCGCCACCUCGGGCAUAUCCUACGCCUACGGAUACGUCUUCGUCGGCACCAACCUGGCCGCCACGCUCGUCGCCUACUUCUUCCUGUACGAGUCGGUGUCGCUCUCGCUCGAGAACGUCGACGCCAUGUACGGCCAGCCACAGCUCAAGCCGUGGACCUCGCGCAAGUGGAUGCCCGAGGGCUACCUCACGCGCAUGGACCGCGACGAGGAGUUUUUUAGGAGGCGGGUCGAUGUUGGUGAUGAUGGCGGCGAUGGUGAGGGGAAGCAUGCGGAGGAUUUGGAUGAUCGGACCACGGCUGUGCCCAGUGGGAGGCCGAGUCGUGCUGUGGAUGAGCAAGGGGGAGAGGGGCUGGAGAAGAAGAGGUCGAGGAGUCGGGGGAGUGGGGAUUUGCCGGCUGAGACGAGGGAGGAGAGGGUGCGGAGGGCGGUGUAA